AAUAAAUGUAGUUAAAAAUAGCAAUAGAAUAAACACAAAAACGGAAUCAGCAAGCUGAUACAAUUUAAAUAAUACAAACUACAAAAUAAAAGGUCAUGGAACAAUCCCAGAAACAGAAAAUGCAACCAUCACCGAGUGUCAAAGAAUUAGUCAACAGAUUCGAAACCCUACUGAAACUGAAUGAUCCUGAAAAGGUAAUGCGAGCAUUGGAAAAUAAUGCAUAUAAGUUGCAGAAUAUGUCUGAAAUGACGAGCAAUUCAAGACCAACUCCAAAAACAAGCCAGAUUAAGCCAGAAUGGCAACGUAUUAUAGACGGAAUGAUACUUGAUCGGCGUCGAAUUGAGAAAAUAAAAGAGGAGCGUCGUCAGCAAAUACGUGAAAAGUACACACAACUCAAGUGAACACAAUUUAAACCAAAAUUGUUUCAAUUUUUUAAAAUUUUAUUUUGUUAUAUUCUUUUUUCUCGUUUUUUUAGUUUGCUCAAAUAUAUGGAAGUGAAUGUGUCAUGUUUAAA